AAUCACCGUUGAUGAGGGGAGUGGAACCUCAACCCAGCAUGUUAUCAUGAUAGAGUCUGCAGAGGCUGAAAGUCCUGGGGUCAAGCUGGAUAGGUCUGAAGUAGAAGAAGACCAACGGCACAGCAGAGACAUCAAGACUGGAGGGACUGGAGCACUCCCUGUAGCCACGGAGGACCCCGCCCCAGCGCAGCCCAGGACCCGACACAGCAUCACGGAGGUCAGUGGAACGCUGAACACCGUCCUCAAGUCAGAGACCAACACAGAGACUUUAACAGUAACACAAAGGCUUUUACACACAGGAUCUGACUACAGGUCAGACUCGGAGAGACUGGAGCUUGGGGGACUGGGGUGUCCUCCUGCUCCAAGCUCAGAAUAUUUACUUUACAGUAACCCGAGCCCGAGGACGGUUCAUUCCAAUCCAGAUUCAGGUGAUGUGUUAAAUGCUGGCGAUGAUCCGUGUUGUUCUUACACUACAGAGAUGGACCCUGGCAACAUGCCCUUGGGUUUAGAGACACAGACUGAUCUAUCUAGAGGAGACUGGAAUCGGUACAGUGGUAGUGUGUACUCUGAAGGGUGCCUAGAUAAGAAAAGGAAGGGUCUAGUUAUAGAUGAAGUGACUGUGAAAGUGGAGGGCGACACCCCUCCCAUAUGGAAUGCAGAUAGUCACCUAGGCGAUGGACACUCACAGGGCAGAGAUUUCUUAGAUUACAGGGAAAGCUUAGUGUCCACGUCGAUGGGGCCUUCUGAUUCACACGGGCGUAUCAUUUUCGAUCAGGUAUUGAACUCAAACGACAGGACUGGAGCCCAGACUCAGGGAGGGGGAGCCACAUCAGGCAAUAGUAAAGAGAAACGGUUCCUCUGCAUGUUCUGUAACAAAGGCUUCAGCUGCGCCCAGAAGGUGGAGAUCCACCAGAGGGUCCACACAGGAGAGAAACCAUACAGCUGCCCCCAGUGUCACAUGCGCUUCGCCCAGUCUGGCAGCCUGAAGAGGCACCAGAAGGUCCACACAGGGGAGAAACCCUUCAGCUGCCCUCAGUGUGAUAAGAGGUUCUCCCGUCAGCACCUGCUGAAGACGCACCUGAAGGUCCACACAGGAGAGAGGCCGUUCGCCUGUACACAAUGUGGGAAGAGGUUCUCAGAGAGGAGCUACCUCAAGAUACACCAGAAGAAAAACCAUUCCACUCUAUAGCUUCUGAAGUGUUGAUCACCUCCUGUAUUAAAAACGACCAUUAAUUGUCAUUGUUGUCAGCAGAAAAGAUCCACAGAUGCAUUUGGAUUAACAAGAGUAACAGAUUUCAGUGUUGAAUAUUCCUGGGUAGAAUAUUCAACACUACGUAAAGGUAGACUCAGCGAGAUGAUGUAGAUCCGGAUUCACCAACUGGCGGCUCGCGGUUCAGUUAUCUAAGCAAUUUAAAACGAAUACAUUCGUAUUUGUUUUUAUUGUUGGACAUAAAACACCAGCAAAUCAGUUCCAAUUGAUUUUAAUUUUGGAAAUCUGUUCCUGAGUUUUCCCAUGUUUAAUAGAAAGAUAUGUGAUCGUAUACAAAUUUAAGCAAGUUUUGAAAUGAUUAUAUUUUUGUCAAAUAUUAUAUCUGUUUGGGCUUCUUGCCUUCAAUUUUCAGUCUACAAAUUAUAAUUAUGUUCCGGCCCCUUGACCACCUGCAAGAAAGAUAUCGGCCCACAGCUGAAUCUAGUUGAUGAUCUCUGACUUCGAUGCACAAAGUAAACAGCAGUAGUGGGUCAAUUUCCGCAAUAACUAAGAGUGUUGAAGCAUGAGGCUGAACAAGGAAUAAUGAGAGUAACAGAUUUCAGUGUUGAAUAUUCCUUGGUAGAAUAUAGUAUCCAGACAUUGUGUGAUAUAUAAGGCAUAUAUAAGCCUAAUGAGUCAGUUUCAUAUUGUGUUUGUACUGUACAUUUGAUGUUAAAUCCAUUACUUCCUUUCAACUACCCCAAAAAUUCCCAAGACACUUUUAAUGAGAAAAGAAAUGCAGUUUUUCGAGUAAAUACAGAUUUGUUCCUGUGACAUGCUUAUGUGUGGUUUUCAUAUGGUGUAUUUAGAACUCGUUUAUGUUUAAUAAACACAAAAUGUGACUUUUCA